AUGAGUUUGUCUGGUGUUGUAAGCUUUGCUCUUUUAUUCAAAAAGAUUGUCAGAAAAGGUUCGAUAGCAAAGCGAUUCAAAUCAAAGAAAGAGACUCAUGGCCAGACCCAGACUCAGAAUUCCGAAGAAGAUCCACCAUUUGAUUCUUUCAAUCUUUGCAGAGAAAAAAAACCUAAUCAAGGCAAAUCCACACACGUCUUGUACGGACAACAAGAAAAGCCAAUAUUACCGCAGACAAGCAGUGACACUCUUGUACCACGUUUGUCUUUGUACACCAAAAACAGGUUGUCAGAAUUACCAUCACUAUCACCAGCUGACCAGAAUGAUAUCUCUCCUUUUCGGUGUGCGAGUGAUAAUAAUGCGAAUGUAAAUGUAAAUGUGAAUGCAAAUGUAAAUAUGGUGAAUACACCAACAAACCUGGACAAAGAUUCCAAUGAAGAUCCUGCCGGACAGGUCUCGCAAUCUCUAUCUCCAGUUGCUCGAGACAAGAUACCAGAAUUAGUUAUCAAUGAACUCGACAAUUCAUCAAAUCAAGUCUAUAACCCGUUAUCAGACACAAUUGUAGCAGAAACACCAGGCAAGCGAGCAAUUUAA